CAGAUGCUGCACGUUCUUUCCUACUUACACAUGCGCAUUUACAAACAUGGUCUUAGCGUCUACUGGACCGCUGAAUUUCAUGUCGUCCCUGUGCAUGCCCACCUAAGAUACCCUCUCAGCCUCAUCGGCGCAGUCACCCCGGAUUGCGGGACGAUCGAAUACGAUGGUAAUCAACGAUACUAUUGAGGUUGUCAUACCUCGGAAAACAUCAAGCGGAGCCAAAUCAAGGCAGGUCACUGUGGACGAGGCGAUACAGUAUACCCCAAUGACGACCUCAAUCCUGCCUGUGCAUGAUCGCAUCCCCAUACCACAAUUGCGUAGUAUACAAGAUGCCAGGCUCACGAACUCUACCGAAAGGGCGUCUGCAUAUCGAAGCGAUCUAUACAGUUCUAAGGCGAAGGAACGCCUGGCUGCGCUAUUAGACCCCUCGCGACUGUCAGAAGUAAAAUUCAAACGUCCUCCAAUCAACAAUGAUACUUCACAUGAGUCUCACUUGAACCCCGUUCAGAAGAUGGUCCUGGAUUUAACCAAAGUUGACUACACCUAUCCAACUCCCGACCCUGCUCGACCACCGCCUAAGAAAUCUACACCUAAGAAAACUCCUUCUAAUUCGAUGCAUUCCGGCUUUACCGUCGAUAUUCCACAACCGCCUUCAUCUUUCCGACGACAGGAAUAUGCGGAGAUUCCUGUAUCGCCAAAGAGACGCAAAUUGGGUGAUCCUCAGAUGAAUGGGAAGGUCGCUCUCGCUGCGAAGUCUAAGAAAGAGAAAGAGGAUUUGCUUUUGAACAAUUUCGAGAAUGUGCUGUCUGAGAUCUUCGAGGCUCAGGAUCGACUCGCUCCAGAUACAUCUGCAGUUCCAGCAGCCAGAAGUGCAAUAUUUGAAGUGCCUCACGAGGAUGACGAUGAUGCAGAGCCUCGGCUUUCACUCAAGACCCAAGAUCAACUGCAGACGAUGCUGAAUCAACUAGUUAUUGCAAACAGGCUGACCGAUGCUCCUCUGGAGUAUGUGCAGCGACUCCAGCGAAUCUGCGAACCCGCGGUUGAAGCAGCGCAGACAACCAAUCUAAGAUUAUCUCAAGAACCCUCAGAGGAUGAUAUUCUAUCGUGGUUGGCCAAACUCAAUCAGGAGGAGAUUGGUGCCAUGUCUGCAUGCACGUUGAUCUACACAGUUUUAGGUGCUUCUCAGAAUCAGGAUCUUGUGAAUUUGGAGGCUCUACAGUGGUUGCCGAAUGUGCUUGUCAACCUCUUCGAAAAUUGUUUGAUUCCAAUUGUGGAGGCUCGACCAGAUGGGCAUGACGGCAGGCUGUUUAGGGUUGCCUCAGAAAACAGCGAACUCUUGAGGAGGCUCCUCGAUUUCGGUAGAAAACUUCUUGAUCUCGCCGCAAAGGUGUGUAUUCAGGUCAAGGGGGCUGGAUCGAUCGUCAAUUCAACAGAAUUCCUCGCGGCAAAACUUCUGUUCGUACAGAACGCAUACAAUGAUAAACUUUCAGCACUCGGUUCCCAAGCAUAUGAACGAUCACGAAAGCAAGCUAUGGCAGUCCUCGCCAAGCUCUACGCCGCCUUUCCCGCAGAAAGGGGACCGAUUCUUGAUGAAGUUUUGACGUCUUUAGACAAGCUCCCAUCCAAUAGCCGAAGUGCAAGACAGUACAAAGUGGGAAGUGGCAAAAACAUCCAGCUCAUUUCGGCUUUGUUUAUGCUACUCGUCCAAACCCCGACGAUGCAAUCACGAAAGGCUGCAGCCCACAAGCAGCGUCGUCCACGGCGUGAUUUGUCACGAAACCCAGAGAGCUCAGAUGAGGAAGCCGAAGAAGACGACAUGGAAGUCGACUCUACUGUCUCUGAUCAGUCAGACCACGAUCCAAUCUCGAAGCUCGGCCGCGUUGCAGACAAUCUGUUCGAGGAUGCUUUGAAAAGUGCGCAGCAAAUUGUCGGCUGGAUGGUUGACAAAGCUUCAAAGGUCACCAAGUCUGGAGAUUCGCCAUAUCGUAACAUCCUCGAUUUGUUUGUCGAAGAUUUGACCAUAGUGCUUCCAUCGACAGAUUGGCCGGCAUCAGAGUUGCUGCUGACCGUCUUGGCUAUGCACAUGAUUUCUCUGGCAAAAAAAGACAAGGCUGCUUCUAUCAAGAAUAUGGCGCUCGAGUGUCUUGGAGUUAUGGGCUCCGCGAUUUCUGUUACAAGAGCAUCAGCCCGAAGCCUUCUGUCGGCCAUCUCUCGAGAUGGAGACACGGGAGCCGCCAUUGGACAGGAUCUCGCGAACCUGAUUAAGGAUAGGGCACAUUUUGGCAUUGAUCCAGAAGAGCUCAUAUCACCCGAAGGGCCAUUCUCAAUCGUAUACUCCUAUAUGAGCUCUCAGAAAGGUGAAGGUCUCAGGACCAAAUCUGCGACAGCGUACUUUCUGGUACAAUAUGCCACUUUCAUAUCGAGAACAUUACGAGGGCCCAGGGGUGCUGCACAUGAUCCCGCCUUGGAGUCGUCGCUGGCGAACAUGAUAUCUAUCGUCACACACCAGCUUUCUGCACCCGAUGAGUUUCAUGAGGCACCAGAUAGCUUUCUAAAUGUCAAACAUCAGGAAGCACAGUUGGCGUACCUGCUUACGAUCCUAAACAUGCGCUUUUGUCGGCAAUUCGCUAGUAUCGCCAAAACGUUAGCCUCGUCUCUUUCGAGUGAUCAGGCUCAAGUGCGAAGCCGCAGUUUGAAGAGUGUGGUUACAAUUCUCGAAACGGACUCAAGCUUGUUAGACUGGGAUCCCACGAUCGCCGACGACGUGUUCAAGUGUGCCUCUGAUGAUUCUUCCCUGGUACGCGAUUCAGCACUGUCUCUCAUUGCUAGAUUCAUCAUGCCUCAACCGACGCUCGAAGAGAAGGCGUUCAAACGACUCCUGAGAUGUGCUGGAGACGCCAAUGUUGGUGUGCAGAAACGUGCGAUAGGCCAUCUGAAAGAUGUCUUUCUGAGGGAAACGAGAGAGAGUAUGAAGGUCACAAUUGCCAUUGAGUUUCUUCGACGCACUGCAGACCAGGAAGCUUCAGUAGCCGACCUUGCGCGGAAGACCUUAUCGGAGAUCUGGGUCCAACCCAAUUCGACUCUCCUGGCUAAAUCACCUGAGUCUGCCCACGUCGAAGUCACGCUGGAAAGACUCAAAGCCCAUAUUGUCGCUUGUGUUAACAGUGAUAUUGAGGGCAUGGCGGCAUUAUUGAAGAAAUUCUUGGUAGGGUGCCUCAAAGAUUCUAAAGACCUUGAGCAAGUGCACAACUUGUACGCCUAUCUAGUCAAAAAGCUGCUAGACUCGGCGAAUGGAAGCGAUGCGGGCCCGGCCGAGUUGACAACACUGGUGUCUUUCGCAGAGGCACGCCCACAAACAGUCGUUCCCAGUGACCUGACAAGCUUGAAAAGCUAUCUGAAGGACCUUUCCAGCGAGGACAUUCUAAAGUUUAAAUCGGUUGUUGCCAUAUUUCGCAGCGUUUUACCAAACUUGUCGAAGACUCAGGAAGUCUUGUUGUCAGAGGUGCAACUUUACCUUCUGAAAUCGACUCCGAAGCUAUCUCGUCGGCAAGAUUUAGAACAAGUUAUGUUCUGUCUCCAGAGUAUCGAUGGGGUAUUGCUCAACACCUUUAAGAUCGUCACGUUCAUCAAAUCGAUCAUGCUGAACGUCUUCCAACCCAACAUUGCCGAACAGAUGAAAGAGAGGCUCCUCAAGGAAAACAAGUUACAAGAGCUCGAAAGCAGAAAACGCAAUGUAAGAGCUAGCUCGUUACGACUUGCUGGCGUGGUCGCAAAGUAUUUUGACUUUGAGCGCUACCGCAAUUCUUUCCAAAAGGACUUCCCACCAGGUCGGAAAGACAUCCCAGCAUUUACGGCCGGAUCAUCAGUUGUGGGGUUUAUUGCCGAUAGUGUGGUACCAUACACCCUGCAGAAGGAGCCGGUUGAGAUUCGGCUGAGGGCGUUAGAAAGCUUGGGCUUGAUAUGCCAAGCUUGGCCAGGACAAUUCAACAAGAAACACGUUCGAGAAACAUUUUUCCAGGUCCUAGAAGGAACUUCUUUCUCUUCUAUGAAAGAUGACGAUAUUAUCAAGAUGCAGGUCAUGGUUCUUACGGCGUUUGAGGAGUUGUAUGCCAAGAGAGCCAGUGAGAAAGAGGAGACUGCCAAAACCGAAAGCAAUGGUGAAGUACAGGCACUCAAAAGCAUUGGUGGCAGCAGCAAAGCUCGUGAAGAUGAUUCAGCAAUUUCGAUCAUCACGAAUCCUCUUGUCGACCACCUGCUUCGCAUGGUCAUGGCCGAGACAGGUGAAAAGGCACUGCUCGCAGCUAAGACCCUGGCAAGCAUCGACCACCAGGGCAUGACCCAUCCGAAACAGACCACGGCAGCUUUCGUCGCUUUGGAGACAAGUCUUGACUCGAGGGUUUCUCUAGUCGCCAGGGCCGCGCAUGAACAUCUCCACCAACAGCAUGAGUCCGUGUGCGAACGAGAGUAUAUCAAUGCCGUAUUUGAAGCAUUCCGAUAUCAGAACGAGGUAUUUCAGGAUCCACACGGAGCAGUCGUCCCCGGCUACAAGGCAAAGCUUUCCCAAGCUUUCACCAUCAUCAGUAGCAGCGGAUCCAAGUAUGUCAAGAAGUUCCUCAGCAGCUUGAUAUCAAAAUUGAACACCGAGUAUUCCAAAUUGAGUGUCGAAGAGGGCGUGGUGCCAGAGCAUGUACUCUUUGUUCUCUUCGUGACCCAGAACCUUGCGUUUUUGGAGUACAAGAAGAUGGAUGAAUUGUUACAUACGGUCUUGCAACUGGAGUUGGCUUUUGGCAAGAAUGGGGGUGAACUUGCUCAAGCUAUUGAAGCCAACCUUCAACCUGUUCUGGCCCCUCGGGUGGUCGAUGGAGAGUUGGCAGACGGAGUUCAGCCCGAGCAAAUGGCUUUCAUGCCUCCUAUCGAUCCAGUGGUCCUGAAGAGAUUGGCGACAGCUGCCUGCGCAGUGACACUGAUAUCGGAAGCGAGAAAUUAUCUGAAGAGACAAUACGGCGUCUCUCGAGAUGUGAAGAUGGCAAUGAUGCAAAAUAAGCAGACCAAAGAAUCCACGAAGGAACCCGUCAAGGUGCAUGGCAUCACUGGCGAGAGAUAUUGGACGGCUACUACAUCGGUUUUGAAAUCCCUCGACAGCACCGAUACCAUGAUACAACGGUGUCGAGAUUUUGUGACACUUGUGGCAGUGGAUGAUGAAGUGAAGAUCGCCGAGGAGGAAGAGGAGCUCUCAAUGAUGGCCACCCUACCUGAGCAGUCCAUGGCAGCCCCUCGAGGUCGGAAGCGGAAGAGUGUUAAUGGAUCGGUGGGUGGGACACCAAAGAAAGCUCGAGGCCGGCAACCCAAGGGGCCCAGUUCGCGGCGGUCAUCGAGUAUCUCCUCGCUGGAUGACGACCCUGACGGCGAAUUUGCCGGUUGAGAUGUUGACUCUGGGAUUUGGACAUGGCGUUUGGAUGGUUGAAAACUACACUACGGGAAGGUCUCAAAAGAUAGAUUUAAUGACGGGAUGAUUGGGGAAGAUACAACGAUGCUUCAAGUGUUUUUGGGGAAGGAGAAAUCUCCGUCUAAAUACUCUUCGAGGUCGAGAGGUUUAGUCGUGGCUGUGAUACAGUGAUACAAAGAUACCCAAUAUAGUUAUUGACCGGCCGUGGAGGUAGAUUUAUGGCCAUAGAAAAUC